CAGGAUCACAUCUACCCAUAUCAUAUCCCAGCAAGCAUUGCGGCAUAAUUAGGGUCUGGCGUCCAUUUUCUUUCUCGAGGUGAGCGCUGAAGAAACAGAAGACGGUUCCUGAAGACUUGUGGACUAGUGACGGUGGUUACACGUAGGGUUGUUCUUCAUAAUGCCAGAGGCAGACACACCAGGAAAAAUUUUUGUGGCUGGACUGAACCUGGAAACAAACGAGACAACUUUGGAGAAGCUCUUCAACAAAUACGGCAAGAUCGUUGAAGUUCUGUUGAUGAAAGAUAAGAUCACUGCAAGAUCCAGAGGAUUUGGUUUUAUCACAUUUGAGAACCCCAGAGACGCAGAAGUAGCAGUUAAAGAGAUGAACGGGCAGGACGUUGCAGGGAAAGUUAUCAAAGUGGACCGUGCCACGAAGCCCGCUCACGCACCAGGGGAGAAAGGCCCCAGUCGUGGCCCCCCAGGUAGGGGUCCCCCGAGUCGAGGCCCCCCAGGUCGGGGCCCUCCUCUCAGAGGACCCCCCGGGCGAGGCCCACCCCCGUCCAGAGGGGGCAGGGGAGGGAAGGGUGCCCGGGAUUCCCGCGGCGGGCGCGGAGGAGGCCCCCCGUCCCGUGGACGUGGAGGAAUGUCCCGCGGUGGCAGGGGAGGCUCACGUCUGGACCGUGGCGGCCGGUCAGACUACGGUGGCGCAGACUACAAUGGGAGCCGAUCUGGGGGGUACGACCGACUCGAUGGAGGCUUUGGAGCAGGCAGAGGAGGACGGGGUGCCAAACGCGGUCCGCCCGACCGCAUGGGAGGCCCCCCUCCCAAAUCUGGCAGGUUUGACUCUGAUCGAGGCCCCCCUCCGUCGCGAGGCCCACCUCCACUCUCCCGAGGACCCGACCGCAGCCCCCCGCCCACCAGCCGCGGCCCGCCGCCACGCAGCAGCUACGACGACUACCCGUCACGCGACUACCCGCCGCCUCGCGACAGCAGGGACUAUGACCGGGACUUCUUGAGGGACCCACCAGUGAGGGAGAGGUUACCGCCACAGCGAGACUAUCCUCCGCUCCGUGAGCGAGGUCCAUCUCGGGCGGACUACGGCCCUCCCAGAGAGAGAGAAGUGCCGCCAAGGGAUUCUGGGUACGGUGGCAGAGACUACGGCAGCACACGAGACACCUAUGGGGCCUCCCGUGCUCCAGAAUACGGUGGGCGCGACAGUUACAGCACUGCUCGUGACAGCUACAGCAGCGCAAGCCGCGACUAUCCCCCGCGUGACUACGGACCACCUUCCUCCGGCCGUGACUACCCCCCGACGACAGGGCGGGACUACGGCGACAGCGGCCGAGGGUACUCCUCGCGGGAGUCCUACGCAGGGGGUCGCGACUACCCUCCACCGGAGAGGGAGCCUGGGUAUGGGCGUGAUUCGUAUUCUGACAGUUACCCUGACAGUGCCCGUUAUGACAGCUACUCUGGUGGCAGCGCACGCGGACCACCCUCUCGUGCCCCACCGCCAAGCUAUUCAAGCAGCAGUGCCCGCGGAUACGGGGAUAGUUACGAUACGUACGGGAGUUCCCGCUCUGCCGGCCCUGGAUACGAAGAACGCCGCAGUGCCGGUAGACCGGAGCGGGCAGGAGGACGAGAUGCGUAUCCAUCGAGCUAUGGAGGCCGCGGAGGCGGGCGGCCAGAACGUGGCGGUUACGGGGGUGGUGGCGGGAGCCGUGGGUACGACCGUCGUUGAAACCCACAGAUUGUCUCUUCGAAACCAGGAAAAGUCAAAGAGCAAAAGAUCUUGUUCUCCAAGCCAGAUGAAUACAGUACUUUUCCAUUUUAUAGCUGAAGUCUUGAUGAUCAGUGGCAACUGCAAUCUCUUUUAGAUCAAUGUGAAACUAGUAAAAACAUCUUUUCUACUCCCAAACCAUCAUGUAACCUAGGCAAAGACAAUGUGAUUGGGGAACUAUCAAAUGAAAGAAAGGACUGACAUUUCCACUACGUUCUAACAAUGAAGACUUAAGUCAAAAAAUUUUUCUCAACUCAUCCACAGUACAAAUAUUGCAGUUAUAAGAAGUAUUGUUCAACUAUAGAAUGUAUGGGCACUUCCUGAAAAGUAUGUUCACUUUUUAUAAACAAUGGAGACAAGGAAAAUCCACCUCAACUGUUUCAUACUGUGUAUACUGCCAUUUUCAAUGUUGUCCAACUACAAGACAUGCCAAUCGUACAACCAAUGAGAAGGAAUGAAACAAGUAGGACAGAAAAAGUUUCACUAAAUACUUAGGAAGUUCUGUUGUCAGUUGCCCUGCUGUACGUGGGUACUUUAUUGUUUUAGGCUUUCCUUUUAUUAUCAGCUAAAUGUUGUAGGAAACGUGUAGUUUUGUUAAAGUCUGUGUAUUCGAAUAAUAAACCAUACAUCUGAAAA